AUGGCGGAACAGCAGGAACAGGCGAAGGAAGAACUGGUGGCCGCAAACCAGCCGGCACAUCGUGACCGGGAGGAGGAGCAGAAAGCAGAAACCGCCGCCGCCCCGACCGUCGUCGACGACGACGUGCCAGUCAAGGCAGAUAGUCCAGCCGUUGAACCGCGUGACUCCGCCGACGAACCCCCAGCAGCCCCAGCACCACCCCCGGAUGAUAAGGUAGCCGAGGAACGGCCGGGUCGGGUGGCAUCACCUGCCUCACCGAGCGCCUCCCGAUCUUCACCGCCUGCGCAGUCGCCAGCCCACGACGGUGAUGCGUGCGAGCCGAACGUGGAAUCGAAUGCUGCGCCAUCGACGGCCAAAGAACCGGAUGAUGUUGGCCACGACGACCGGUCACGGGAGGAGCCGACGGCGACGGUGGCGGUACCCGGUGAACGUUCCAGAUCGACAUCACCGGCCACCGUAGGGGGGAAAGUCGCUGAGGAGGCGACGACAGAGGAGAAGCAGGAGCAGGAGGAGCAGGAGGAGCAGGAGGAGGAGGAAAAUGUAGCUGCCGCGAAGCAAGACUUGCCGGAGAAGCAAACAACCGACCCCACAGCCGCGGCUGCAGCAGAAACGGGCGAAGCAGCCGCAGCAGUUGCCAUGGAAGCGGAUGACGUGGAGCACAGGGUGCCACAAGCCGGCGACGAUGCUGACCGCCACGGCAACAGUCAAGACGCAGCAGCCACAGCGCCGGUAGUACAACCCGGUGCAGCUGUUGCACGGGCAGAGCACGACGAAAAGAAACGUAAACGCCAUUCGCCCGAACGCAGCAACCAUAGCAGUGAAGAGGGCGCCGACGGUGGCAGAAGCAGAAGUUGCAGCACUGGCGGUAGCAGCAGCGACGACGACGACGAGAGCACUCGGUUAGUGAAAAAAGUGAAACUGGACGAGACGGCAGAGAAGGACAACGAGUCGCAACAGGAGGCAGGUGACCACCAUCGAGAAGAACCGAAGAAGCAGCAGCCGCAGGGAGUCGAAGUGAACUCGCUGCCCGUGCCCGGAAAGGAGCUGUCGGCGACGGACGACGGUGAACGGCGACGGGAUAGUGUCUCCGCACCACCUUCGCCUCGUCCCGUUUCGGUGCCGAGCGAACAGGACGCCCCCAGCAGCAACGUGAUGGAGCACUCCGGGGAAACGGAAAAUGUUUCGCCACGGCCCGCGCCUUCACCAACGCCCCCCACACCGGCACCAGUCGCCCCGGUUGCAGAAGCACCCGCGGUCGUCGAUGUUCCGGCUUUGCUCGGGAGGGAGCCGGUUACCGUGCCCCCUAAGCCGGUUGCCGUGCCGUUACCGUUGCCGAAGGACGUGAAGAAGGCUGGUGGUGGGCUGGUGUCCAAGAUACCGCUCGAUACGGGCCGGCUGGAGGCCGACCUGCAGUACGCCAAACGGCAGCUGGCCGACGUUCGCUCGAAGUACGACGUGACGCGCAAGGAGCUGCACGCCACCAAACGCAAGCUGAAGCGCAUCACGGCGCGCAUGAACGGUGGCAACGCUGGCACGGGAAGUGGCUCGAGUGGAUCGGGCCCCGGCUCGGGCGGUAAUUCGCCACAAGGGGCCGGUGGCGGGGCCCCGGCCUCGUCCGACGACGAUCGCAAUCGCAAGUGGCGCGAACCGAUGAUACUGUCGGCGAUGAAGAUUAAGGCCGCGAUGGGCAUCCAGGCGUACAAGUCGUUGAUCAAGGACGGGGAACUGUUGCUGCCCAGUCUGCGGACCAUCACGCGCUAUCUGGAAUCGCUCCGGAAAGCGUCCUCUUCCGGCGGCGGGAUCACCGGUGGCGCUGGAGAGCAGCUCGGUGGUGCACCGUUGGCUGCGGCCAUCGGAUCUUGCGCAAUGGUGGUGGAUGACGACGACGGGGACGAUGACGACGAAGAGGAUGACGGGCGUCGUGAGGACAGGCAGGGGAAGCAGCAGCACCAGAUGGUGGCACGCGGGGGUCCCGUCGGUCACAAAGGAGCCAAAACGGGAGUCAACGGGAGUCGGCGUGUGGUGGACCAUAACCGGAACGAGCAGCGACAGCGCGGAGACCCGGCACUGGAAUCGGCCGUCGGUGCCGGUGCUCAUCAGCUGUACCAUCGGUCGCAUCACUAUCCGCACCACGGGCCACGGGAUGUACAGGAAGUGGACCAGAUGUCGCGUCAAAUCAAGACCGAGCACGAUCCUGUCAGCUUUACCGCUUCGCCCGAUAUCAAUUACUACCAGCACAACGCGGAUGACGAUGAGGACGAUGACGAGGACGGCUAUCAGAAUCCGGCCUCGCUGCUGCAGGACAGUUGCUACGGUGUUGGUGCGGCAACUGGCGAUGGCAAUCAAGCCGGCGGACACUACAACCAGCAUGCAUCGAACCAGCAGCAGCAGCAGCCGCCGCAACAACAACAAACCCUGUCCCAGACCCAGAUCGAGUUUCUCAAGUCGAUGGUGGGCUUCCGCAAGAAGUGGACACCGUACGAGCUGCGGAUGUGCAACGACGUUCGGCGGAUCAUCGGCAGCCGGGAGUACGAUUCGUUGCGGAAGAACGACGGCAUGCCGUUGCCGAGCGUGAAAACGUUGCGCAAGUACCGGCACGCGGCCCCGCUGGAGGAUGUGGACGCGAUCGGCCGGAAGCGCAAGCUCCACGAAGCGCUGGACGAUUCCUCCUGCCAGCCGCAGAUCGGGACUCCGUACGGUGGUGGUGGUGCCGGUGACGACGGUCGGCUCUUUUCGUAUGGGCGUUCCGCGAAGCGACGGCUAAAGGCGGAGCACGAUCCGGACGGGCAGUUUGACGCCCGGAUGCUGACGCUGGCACAGAUCAGCUUCCUGCAGACGCUCUCGCUGAACACGAAGGGCUUCUCCGACUAUGAGCUGCAGCGGUCGCUGGAACUGAAGAACGAGCUGGGCUGCAAGAACUACGAGCUGCUGCGGCAACAGGAGUUCCUGAACAUUCCGACGCUGGCGAUGCUGACGCGCUACGAGCAGGACAACGGGCUGGAGGAUCUGUCGCGGUACGCGGAGGCUGCCGCCGAGGAGGAGGAAGAACCGCACGACGAAGCGGAUGGUGGUGGGGGUGAUGGUGGCGACCACCGGCAGCAGCAGCAGCAGCAGCAGGAAGUCGACGAGCAGCAAGCCCGGGAACAGCAGCAGCAGCUGGAGCUGUACAAUCGGCUGACGCAAGCGGAUCCCGCCCGGCACCCACUGUUCGAUAGCAUCGCUGACGAUUCACCGCCCGGUGAGGGUACCGGCGGCGGUGGUGGCGAUCACCCCGGCAACGUAACGGCGGCUGCCAUCGCGGCGGCCAUGGUUGCGGCGGCUGCCGGUCUUAAUCCGCUCGAUCUGAACGGGGGUUCCGGUGGCGGCGGUGGCACCGGGGACGACUCGUCGCUCAGCAUUUUCGAGCAUCACUCGAUCUUCGACAAGGAUACGCCCUCCUUCGACAUGACGAAGUUGUCUCCGGCGCACGUCGAGUUCCUGAACACGCUGCCCGAGAAUCCGAAACGCUGGACGCAGGAGAUGAUCAACUCGGCGCUGGACAUCAAGAAUGAGAUCGGUACGCGAGACUACGAGAUCCUGCGCCGGCAGGGCAUUCCGCUGCCGGCCGCACGAACCCUGCGCCGCCACAAGGACAUUCGAAGCAAGGCGGACCGGGUCGGGGGCGAACCCGGCGAACUGUUGCCGCCCCGGAGCGGUGCCACUACGCCGGCGCCCGCUGGCAUCGUUGGCAGUGGUUAG